UCGUCUCGGCGGUGCCACAGUGCCAACAGCAGCUCCCCUUGAGAAAAGUGAAAGCCAACGCCCCACUGUCAGCUCCUGAGCCCAGCCCUCCCUCCUCACAUACACACCAGAGUUUCUUCCGAGCUGCAGUGGACGAGACUGACUCCAACCAGAGUCCAUUUCCCAGCACUUUUCAGUGGAGAAGUUGAUUCACCCGAGUGGAGGGACGGAAAAACGAGCGGGGAGCAGCAGCGGUCAACACUGGGACUGUUUCUCUCUUUAACUCGGGGACAAGUUUGUUUAUUCAAACGCUGCUCGUCGGUUUGAGGCGAUAAGGCUCCCACAGAAACACACUGACGGUGUUCAGUAAGUUAUUUGUGACAGAAUGGCUGACACAACCGCAACCAGCGCCGGUGCGAACUGCAUGGAGAAGCUGAAAAGUUAUGUGAGGACCCAGAAAGGGUUCAUCCUCUCUGCAGAAAUAUUCAUCAGUUUGAUUAUCUUGAUCUGCUACGCCGCAUCUGUGUAUGGAGGCUACUCCGCCGUGGCCAUCAUUGAGAUGAUCUUCGCCAUGAUCUUCUUUGGCAUCUUCAUGAUGGAGAUGGACAAGCAGAUCCAAGUGGUCAACUGGGUCUGGAGUGAUCUUUUCCGUGCUGGUAUUGGUGCAGGACUUUACAUCAUCACUUCUCUUAUCUGUGUGAUUAGAGGAGCCGGGGACGGUGCUCUUAUUGCAGGCGGGGUAUUUGGUCUGAUUGCUGGUCUACUGUUCGCCUAUGACACUUAUACCAUCUUCUUGCAAAUCAAGAGCACCAGGCAGCACACAGCAGCUUCCACUGAUGACAGAAUUUAAACACUCCACAACACAUGCACCUCUGCCAAGAUCACAGCAGAAGAACUAAGGGGAACUUGUGCAGAAGGUUAACAGAAGAGUGGAUCAGAGAGGACGAUGGACAGUAAAAUGAACAGGUCACAGUUUAAUCACCGCCACUGUAUGGUGUGUGCAGGAUAGACAACAGAUUUCUUUUAGGGACUUGCCUGAGAGGAGGAUGACGCAGCCAAAGUGAGUGGUACUGUACAUCUGUGCCUGUACGUCAAGACAAAAUCGUAUCUACUAGAGGUGUAACGGUACGUGUACUCGUCCCAACCGUUCGGUACAGUAUGUUUGGUUUGGUAUGCAACUUCUUCGGUUCUGUGCCGCAAACAAAGUCAAAAUGGUCUUGUAAUGUCUACUACUGCACGUGUGGAACAGAAAUUCUGGAGCAUGAGUUUUACCUUGGUGCACCAGUUGUUUUCUAUUAUGUGUCAAGUAGCAGAUCUAGACAAAAUCAGGCUAGUGCUAAUCAACUCACCUGGCGCUGCUCCCCUGAGCCAUCCCCACAUCGGAUGGCUCCCUACUCCCUACCAUGGCGAUGGGCAACAGGUGCAAAGGUGCUCUUGGGAGGACCAGUUGGUUAACUAGCUGGCAUUCAGGGUGAGACCAAGCGGCAACUUCCAGGGCUAAAAGUAAAGCAGCCAUCACCUCCCUGUAAUUCAUUUUUACUUUUUUUUUUUUUUUUCUUACUGACAAUAUGUCAGUAUUUAAGUGCCUUGAAGGUGGUAUAUACGACAUUCAUUCAUUCCGGGCUGGGAUUGCCUCCACACGGCUCUCACCUCUGACUUCACAAGCAAAGAUGGAGGUGGCUGAACCGAAAUGAUUGCAGCUAGCAGUUGUUUGCGCUAACAGUGCUAACAGUGUCAACCGUGCAGACAGAGUUAACAGUGCUAACUUGGAGGGAACCAGGGAGUGGGCAUUACACACUACACAAUGCCAUUACCCCGCCCGCCACUGUGGGUGAGGAUGGCAUUAUUAGCUGUAUUCUCAUAUGAGCCGGUGCAGAGCAGUGGCGAUUAGCUAGCCAGUGGGACACACACAGGGACUCAUACAUGCACAGCUGUCCUGGCUACCACAACAAAGAACAAAGAAACUCUGAUUACAAUACACACAGAUGGAGCGUGACUUCAUUCUCUGUUCAGGAUGCCAUUACUCCACUAUAUCUUUACAUAGCAAACAGUUUGUUGCUAUAUUAAUGUUCUGAAUGUCAUAUAUAAAACCUUUAACUGUCACAGUAAGAAUUAUGGUUGAAUGUUUAUGUUUUUAUUGCAUUUUCUUCUCCUCCUGUACCGAAAAACGUACCGAACCGUGACUUCUUUGUACCGUUACACCUCUAGUAUCUACUAAAUGAGGAAUUCCCCUCACAAACCUUCACUCCAACCUCAAAGUACCACUGAUUAAAAAGGGAAAACUGUAAAUAAUAGGCAAUGGUUGUCACCAAGCAGCUUGUCUAAUACACACAUCUACUGUUAAUGGACUGCUGUAGUAAAUAGUAACUGUGUCAUUUGGACAUUAGAAGUAACUGACACAUGAAUGGGUAAUUUAGGGAUUGUUUAACAUCAUAAUUAUGCACUUCUUGAGUGUUGUAUUUGUUGUAUCUCCAGUGAGGUUUCUCAGCUGGCCGAACAUUUCCUUCUCUGUUAUUUAAUCAUCGCUCUUUAUGGAGUGCUCCCUGUGUGUUACAGUGCCUUAAAGUCAAAUUAACCAGUUCAUAUUCUUGAAGCCUAAACAUUUGAAGUGUCCUGCUGUCAUUGAUCAGCAAUCUUUUUGUACUAAUUUGAGUUUAGUCUGCGUUGUUAGAAGCAGUUGACGUCCGUUAACGUUCAACCACAUGUUCAUUAUUUGAAUUACAGUGUCAUCCUCCUGUUUCACCUAUCUUACUAUGAUUGUCGCUCAGGUUGUUUUAUUUUUCAUACAUUUUUAACACAUUUUUAAGGUGCAGAAUAUUUUUAUUUUGACAUUUUAUACAGUCCCAAGUACAGCCCAGCUUUUUUUUUUUUUGUUGAUGAAGCAGAUAGAAAAAGAAAAAUCACAUCGUUGGAAUUGUAUGAUGUGAAUAUCACAAUUUAUAUUGUUCUGUAACUGUUUCCUCUACCCUUUGGUGGUUAUGUGUCCAAGUAAAACAUUGCCUUAUUAUUAUUUUUUCUAACAUGCUUUACAAGAGUCUGCAGUUUGUAAUUUCAGAUACAAAGCAGUCUUGCUUUGGGAAAUAAAAGCCAUUGUUACUACAAAGAAAAA